AUGGCAGCAAUUUUCUGGCUGUGUUUACUGACUACUGAGUGUACAAAUGGUGCUCUUAUGGGUAAAAACACCACUUCCAACCCUGAGGUAAAAAAUGCUAGAGCAGAUUGGGAUAUUAAUCCAACGUGGACAACUACUUUUUGUAACCUUUGUGUGGAACAAAUUCAAGCCGAGAAUAGAACAAAAGGUGUUGGCUUUAGUACCAAAGGUGAUUGGAGAGUGUGGGAACAAUUGAGGAAUCGUGACACAGGUUUAGGUUGGGAUGCAGUGAAGGGAACGAUUGCUGCAACUAAUGAUUGGUGGGACCGGAAGUUGAAGGAAUUACCCAAAGCUAAAAAAUUUCGAGAGAAAGCAACUGGGGUAGCCGCAUGGACCCCUUCUUCAAAUACACUCCCUCCAACAAUGCUAGAAGAGGGUGCUGGUGAUUCAGAUGGUAGCUCCGAAUUUAAGGAUAACCAAUGUGACAUGAGUUUAGACAUUGAUAGUUUGCAGCAAAGACAUACUAAUCAAUUACGUAGUUCAAGACAAAAGCGAACUAGUGAAUCAAUACCCUUACGAAGAAAAAGAAGAAGAUAG